GGGGGCUGGGCAGGGUUGUUUACGAGCACUAAACGACGGUUGUUUUUCCAGAAAUAACUCCCGUUGGUCCCUGUGAGGCGAACUCCUAAGGAAAUGUGCAUGGGGUUAUAGUAUGAGGUUGCAUAAUAAAAAACAAUAAUUAUUCGGCUCUUCAGUUUGCUGCAUGAGAUAAAAAAUGGACAAAGUUGAGAUGUUUGCUUUUCAUAUACCUAGUCUGGAAGAACUUGCUGCGGUAUUGCAGAAUGGAAUUAAAGAAAACUUUGCAGACAUCCAGGUUUCUGUGGUGGACUGCCCUGACCUGACUCAAGAACCCUUCAGAUUCCCUGUUAAAGGUAUUUGCGGCAAGCCUAGAAUAGCAGAUGUGGGAGGCGUUCCAUACCUUUUGCCUCUUGUACAAAAAGAUAAGGUUUAUGACCUGAACAGAAUUGCAAAGAAAAUGCAGCUACCGGGAGCUUUUUUUCUCGGAGCUGGAGCUGUUUCGUCUAGAGUUGUCGGAGGCAAUGCCGAGUUUAUCCCUGUUGUUCAAGCUGAAAGUGAGAAAAAACCAGCUGUCAAUGGAAGUUACAUUGCUAGGAUUCAUCCGGAGGAUGGUGGGUGCCUGCUGGAGAAGUACAGCUCCAAAUAUCAUGAUUGUGAAUUUGGACUCCUGGCCAACCUGUAUGCCAGUGAAGGCCUCCCUGGCAAGGUCAUUGAAGUGAAAGCCAAUAAAAGAACCGGGGAGCAGAAUUUCAUAUCCUGCAUAAGGAAAGUCUUAGAAAAGCAUUAUGGUGACAAACCAGUUGGAAUUGGAGGUACAUUUGUUAUCCAGAAAGGAAAAGCAAAGAUUCACAUUAUGCCCUCAGAAUUUUCUGCCUGUCCUUUGGAAGCUAAUGAGGAGGUGAACAACUGGCUCAAGUUCUUUGAAAUGAAGGCUCCGCUAGUUUGCCAGCCAGUAUUGAUUUCUCAAGAUCCGGGCUUUGAUCUGCGUGUGGAGCAUACCCAUUGUUUCAGCCACCACGGGGAAGGAGGACACUACCAUGAGGACACCACCCCAGAGACCGUUGAGUAUCUGGGAUAUUUUUUGCCUGCUGAGUUCCUCUUCCGAAUUGACCGACCCAAGGAAACGCAUAUGAUUGGUCGAGAUUAAAUUGAGACAGGAUCAGGUUGGAGCGGGAAGCCAGUUCACCCAAGAAACAGGAAGCUGAGCAAAUGGUGGAAGUUUGCCCUGAACUGAAGUAUUGAUCACAAGGUUGAGUCGAAUCACCACAGAAAGAGAACACUUACUUUGCUUGUUCUUAAAAAAAUGGCAUGAUUAAUCAGUGAUUGGAAAUACAGCUUAAUUUAAUCUGAUAGCCAAGAACACCUGGAGUCAAAUCAUUACUGAAAUACUCUCAACCCCCUAAUUUUCUCAUUAACAACCAGUUUUAGAAAUAGGCCACUGAGUGGAGGAUGAUCAGUUCUCCACAUUAUUUUUAGAAACUCCAACUGCCAUUCCCUACCAUCACCAUUUUGUCCAUGCCUGACACAUCUCAAGGGGAUUGAGGAGAGCGGCCAGGAAGAAGGAGUUGGUUCUCUAUUAACUCUCCUUCUCUGAGUUUCAGUCUGCCUCCCACCCCAAGCCAUUUCAGGGCAGCAGGGGUAUUAGCAGCUCUUGGAGUCAGCAGUACCCUAAAGGGACCAGUUUUGGCCUGGGCUGCCAGUUGCCAAAUCUUCCUUGCUUAACCCAUGAACAAACCUAGUCCAGCUUUCACCAAUCUGGUACCCUCCAAAUGUUUUGGAGUUAUAACUCCCAUCAGUCCAGUCAGCAUGGCUGAGAGUACCAGGUUGGCAAAGGCUGAGCUAGACAUAACUGGUUGUGUCAACAGCUGACACUGCAUCAGUUUCUGUGCUCUUAUUGGCAAUGUAAGCCUAUCAGAAGGAACAGAAGGGAAGGAAAAUGGCUGCAAAUAACAACUGACAUCAUGUACAAGUAAUGUUAUUGUGGUUCUAUAACGGAUGAUGAAUAACCAACCACCAGUGAAAUAAAGCUAUUUGACAGGAAUUGGCUUUUUCCUGUGUGAAGCAGCUUCAGUGUAAUUUUGAGCAAAACAUUUAAGAGAUUGAUAUAGUCACUUAAAGUGACACUCUCUCCCCUACUUAAGCUGUUGCGGCCUUUAGGAAAUCAUUCUAGCUUAAUGUGUUUUCAAUAAAAUGUCCUUAGUGCUAAAACAAACAACCUUUGGGUUACAUAAUUGGGUCUUUUGGAUGAAAAAUUCUAUGGGGUUUUAUCCACCACUGCACAAGCGAUGUUCCACUUGCACAAUGGGACUUUCUCUGCCUGUGUGCCCCCCAAAUCUGUGCCUGAAGGUCCUCUGGCACUGUCCAGCAGAUCUUGGGAGUGGGCUUCAUUGGAGAGGAGAGGGAGCUUCUGUUGCACAAACAGAAUGGCAACAUUGGUUGCAGCCCAGUAACUCCUGAUUUGAUUUUUUAUUCCCAUCACUAUACAGAAGAACUAAUGUCCACGAAAUAGUGUGAACAGCAGAGAUAUAAGAGAUUUCAUUCAGCCUUAAUAUUCAAUCAGCUAAUCAAAUUUUAUUAUGCAGUCAUAGACACACUAAAACCAACAGUCUUGAAAUUAAGAGUUUUGGGUUAAGGAGGGGAAGUCCUUCUGCCUACUGUGGUUUCUAAUGAGAUACAGAUAAAAGUAUUAUUUCACUGUUGUGACCUUGCUGAAAUUAAGAGAAUUUGAAUAUUGUGAGUAAACUGACCUGAAUUUUGAUACUACCAAUAAAAUUUGAUAAAUUGUG